GAGGUGGGGGGAGCACACUCCCUCCUCCCUCAGUGCUCUCAGCCAUGCAGAUAUUGGUGGAGCCUUUGUGCGGUCACAGAUUUCUCUAAGUUUGCUCUGCUGCUGCUGCGAGGAGCGAGAAUCUAACAGUGGAGGAUUUUAAAACUUUUUCUUUCUUUCCUACAAUGGAGCUCACAGUCCUGGUGCCUCUUCUCUCACUUCUGGUCCUUAAGUUGGGAUAUGCUGAUCAUGACGAAAACCUCCACACAGCCUCUCCUGUGUCAGCAGAACAAGUUCCAGUGGGUCCAGCCGGAGCUGAAGUGCCGGACUUGAACCAGAACCACAGCAUCCAGGCCUGGAAUAUCUCUGACACAAACACCAACUCCAGCAGCUCUUUGAGCAACAAUGCAAGGGUGGAAAUCAAAAACAGCUCUGAAUCACUCCAACCAGCAGAUUAUAACGUCACAGAUGUUGGAACCACAAAUGUUUCAGACACACACAAAAGCCCAACAAUUCCGUCACCGUUGAGGCCUAACACCACCCUUCUACCAACUCCAGGAGUCAUACACACAACUACCGCCCCCACCGUGAACACCACGCUCCCAACAAAUGACAGUGACAUAUCGAACCAUUCUGCAGCUUUGGAUCUCGUCUCAGUGACAACAUCAAAGCAGCCCACUCAAACGGAAACGGCUUCAACCCCGACGACGACUGAGCCCAAAGUUUCCUCAACGAGCUCUGGCUCUUCUCUGUCAACGUCUUCACCAUCCAGCACGGCACCGCUGAAGCCCACGGCUCAGAGCGACACCUCCACACAGACCAAAGCCCACACAGGGAGACCAGCACAGCUCAACGUGGGGGGUGACACUGUGACCACUAACAAAACUCCCACGCUAGACCCCCUCCUGGCCGGCUUGGUGUCAGCCUUCAUCCUCACAGCUAUCAUCAUCGCUUCGCUUCUCUUCUUCAAACUGCGGCGAAGAGACAGCCGACCAGAGUUUCGCAGGCUGCAGGACUUACCCAUGGAUGACAUGAUGGAAGACACCCCCCUUUCCAUGUACAGCUAUUGAUAGAGGCUAUAGGACAUGAUCAGCAGUCAGGUGUCCCCUCCUGGAUCCAGAAUCAGGUCACUGUUGCUGCUGGACUCAUCUUAUUCUCUGCACUAGGGAAAUAUGGAAGCACAUGUCCGGAUCCCCGCUACUCCGAUUAUUGACACAAACAGUGGGAAGAGGACACGGCAGAGCGGUCAAUGGACAAUGACUCCCAAAAAUAACAGAUCCCCUUUGAAAAAGCCUUUUUUUGUGUGUUGCAGGUGUAUAUGUGCACAAUUGGUGGUAUCUAUUUUAAGUUCUGUGGAGGUCUAAAUGAGGACGCCAUACCACCUGGUGUAUCUAAGUAAAGAGACAGACUGGGCCUGUCCUGACAGAUUCUCACCUGCCGGCACAGAUGUGAGGCCCCACCAAUCAGAAAACAGUGAUGACAAAAUACAUUCAUAAAAAUAAAAAAAACUGAGGUCACAGUUUUAAAAAAAAGUUGCACUUUACUUUUCAGGAGUAAGGAAGAAACAAGUGUAAAUUAUUUUUGUGUAGGACUUUUUUAAGAAUCAAUUUAACAUGGGAUUGUUAGUGGAUGUAAAAUAUUCUGGAGAUGUUUGUUUUUUCUGCUGAUUUUAGGCCUGAAUUUCAUGUGAAUCAUGAUUUUAUUCUAUAAUUUUCUUUAGGUGUUAUUGCAGGAGAAAGUACCUUAAAAUGAUUUUGCCUGAAAUUUUCAAAUCUGUUUUCAUGUGCCAGAAACACGAAUUCUAACAAUUAUUGUGAGUACUUCAAAGCUCAUUUAAACACACACAAAGGCACAGUUUGAAACCUUGAUGAUGUUCACUCCUUCACAGACAGAUGUAUUCUGAAGAGGGCCAAUAAACCAUUUGCAUCAUUGUAAAUACUACUGAUGAAUGCCCCACGCAAAACAAGUCAAAACUCUUCUGCUGCUGCUCCAGCAGUCAGCGCACAUGCUCAUAUUAGGAGUGGAUACUCCUGCUGUGGAAGUGUGCAGGUCAGAGUGCACACACAUGCAUCAUGGCUGUGUGCAACUUGGAAUUUACAGAUGGAUUCUUCAAAUAAAUGUCCUGCUUUUUAAAAUCCUUAAAGAUGAUUUUUGCCACCUUAUGUGAAUUAUAGAUUGUUGUUGGCUUUUGAUUAAACCUGAUUUUAAAAA